GAGCUCCUGCGGUCACGUGACUUUUGGUUGGGAGCCACCAUUUUGGCAGUCAACAUGACCACCGGUGCCAGUGUUUUCUUACCGAGCGAGUAUACUUCUCAUUUUAAUUCAAGUGAAAUUCGGCUUUAUAGUACAAAAUUAGAGAGAUUAAAUAUAAGCGACCCAUAUAAUUCACCCGGUGUGCUUUUCAAGAGCAUAACCUCCUGCUCUGAAGACGAUGUACCCGACUUGCGCUACGCAGACAUCCACAGCUAUCUUGUAAGCUUUCCAUCAGUGUACUCAGGAGACUCCCUCAGAGCGUACAAAAGCUUGGAGGCUUACAAAUGGUGUCAGUCCGGCUUCGUAAACAACAUUCAACUGUGGAGUCUUACAUCCAAAAACUUCGGCAUCAUCACUGCAAGGGUUAAUCACUCCCAAAGGCUUAAUGAAAGUCAACUAAAGCCAUGGGUGGUGGUGAGGAACGACGGUGUUGUGCUGGGAGCCCACUGCAACUGCACAGCGGGACUCGGGGAGAGCUGCUCUCAUGUGUCAGCUGUUCUCUUCAGUCUGUGGGGAAAAAACAACGCAAGGCACGAGGAGAUCAGCUGCACAUCCAAAAAAUGCAAGUGGGCCUCUCCCAGUGAGGAUGCUGCGAAGAAUGUGGAGUACCUGCAGGGCAAGGACAUCAUAUUCAACCAUACUCAACAAAAUAAAAAGGGGAAUUCCACCAAGGGUACCUCUGCGCCCCCAUCUUUCCCACCCCUGACUGCUGCUGAGCAAACACAGUUCUACCAAAAUCUCUCACAGUGCCGGACUCAAGAUGGGAAGUCCUGCAGACCUGCAGUCCUGUCAGUUGUUCGCGGGUACGCCACAUCCUAUGUACCCAAGGCUGUCAAGCUAGAUUUACCUGAACCCCUUACCAGUCUGUAUGACAAGAAGGCAAGAGACCUGAACCUGGCUGAAUUACAAGAGCGUGCAGAAGGAAUAUUUGAGGACUUGACUGUCACUGAAGAACAGAUGGGGAUGCAAUAAUGAAGAACUGGCCAGAAAAUACUACGAAAUGCAGCAUCGCCUAUCACACACAGACGUCCUGGUGCGACCAGCCGGAUUUAGAAUUUCACCUCUGCACCCAUUUAUCGGGGCCUCACCUGAUGGGUAUGUGUCCUGUAGCUGCUGUGGUACAGGUGUCUUAGAAAUGAAGUGCCCAUUUUCUGCAAAGGAGCUUUCUGUCAAUGAAGCUGUAAAUUCUGUUGCACACUUUUGCCUUGAACAAGAUUCCCUAGGAAAAAUUAGACUUAAGCGAGACCAUGCAUACUUCUACCAAGUGCAGAUGCAGCUAUUUGUUACCAAAUUGGCAUACUGUGAUUUCAUUCUGUGGACUGAAAAGGAAGGUGAUUCACCCUUUGUGGAACGCAUUACAUUUGACCCAGAAUUCUUUCUCAAAGAACUUGAACUUGCUCGUGACUUCUUCCUAAAAUGCAUCAUCCCAGAGCUGUUAGGCAAAUGGUUUUCUGCACCAAAACAAGCAACUGCAAGCACCGAUCCCCAGCAACAGUGGUGCUACUGCCGUGCACCUGCGGCAGGGAAUAUGCUUGUUUGUGCCUCAGGGUUCUGUGCCGUGAAGAGGUUCCACCAAACCUGCCUUCGGAUGAAAAGGGUACCGAAACAGUGGGUGUGUCCUAGUUGUAGGAAACUAAUCAAUGCUCAAAAAAAAAAAACAUAAUUACUUAGUCUUACUUACUUACGAAAUGUGUGAAUAUGAAUGAGCUGAUGCAAUGUAAAUAUUUUAUUAAUUAAUAAACAACU